AUGGAUGGUGCCGGGCCUAUCGAGAAUCUCCCCAACGAGGUUCUCUCCAUCAUCCUCUCCCAGCUCGGGACCCACGACCUGCUGGACAUCCUCCGCGUCAGCCGCCGCUUCAACAGCUGCACGGCGAGCGUCCUCUAUCGGCACCACGGGGACCCCGCUGCCGCCCUGGCCGGCGACGGCGAUGGCAGUAGCGGCGGCAGCGAUGCGCCUAGGGGCGACCCUAGGAAGUGGCACUCGUGGUUUCGCCCCCGUCUGCUAGACCUUGACCCGUCUCCUCCAGCGACAUCUACGGCCGACGUACCGUUUACCGAAGUGAUCCUUCCCGAAGGCGAGGACGACAUCUACCUGCUGGCCCGGACAAUCGUCAAGCGUGAUCCUCCCAAGGGCCUCUGUCCUAGUCACAUCACCAUCCACGAGGGCCACAUCAGGGUAUCGCGAGAGUGGCUCGCCAAGGCGUCUGAACCUGAGAAGAGCGGCGGCGACUCGGGGACGCCACGGUUCUCUGGACAGGAUCGCGAAAGGACCUUGGGCUACGCUUCCGCGUCACGCCGGCCCCGGCCGCAGAGAUGCCUGUGCUAG